AUGAGUUAUACCAUGAAACUUCACAGACAUUUUCAGAGAACAAUUCUCUUGCUUGCCACCUUUUGCAUGGUAAGCAUUGUUAUCUCAGCCUAUUACUUGUACACUGGCUAUAAACAGGACAAUGAACUAUCAGAAGCAUCAACAGAAAUAGAAUGUUCAGUUAUUGGAUCUUUGCCAUAUAACCUAUUAGAACAAAGAAAUGGAAAACCUUCUGUUUCAUUAAACACAGAUGCCAGUAUCUUAGUACUUAUAGAGAGCCAAUACUCUCAACUUGGCCAAGACAUUAUUAGUAUUCUUGAAUCCAGCAGAAUUAAGUAUCAUGCUGAAAUUGCACCUGUAAAAGGCGAUCUUCCUCCUCUCACAGAAAAUUAUACAGGAAAAUAUGCACUAAUUAUAUAUGAAAACUUUCUGAAGUAUGUGAGCAUGGACACGUGGAAUAAAGAGCUUAUGGAUAAAUACUGUCUUCAGUAUGGUGUUGGGAUAAUUGGAUUUAUUAAAGGCAAUGAAAACAAUAUGCAGAGUUUCCACCUGAAAGGAUUCCCAUUCAUGGUUCAUAAUAAUAUGGGUGUCAAAAAUUGUUGUAUUAAUCCUUACACACCCAUACUUCAUAUAGUAAAAGCCUCAGAUGCAGGAAAAGGACCUUUAUUGGGGAAUGAAUGUACAGUAUUUGAGGUUAAUCACUCAAUGUACCAACCAGUGAUUUUUACAAAAUUGAAAAUGCCAGUUGGCACCCCACUUAAGCUAUCAAAAAUAUCAAUUUUUGCCACAGUUAUUUAUGAUUUGGGUCUUCAUGAUGGAAUUCAAAGAGUCUUCUUUGGCAACAAUUUGAACUUUUGGCUGCACAAGCUAGUUUUUGUAGAUGCUAUAUCUUUCCUAUCAAAGAAGAAGCUAACUUUGUCCCUGAAAAGGUACAUUCUUGUGGACAUAGAUGAUAUUUUUGUAGGAAAGGAGGGAACACGAAUGAAUACGAAUGAUGUAAAGGCUCUCCUUGACACGCAAAAGUUGCUUAGAACAAAAGUUACAAAUUUUACAUUUAAUCUGGGAUUUUCAGGAAAGUUCUAUCACACAGGUACAGAGAAAGAAGAUAAAGGAGAUGACCUUUUAUUGGCAUCAGUGGAUGAGUUUUGGUGGUUUCCUCAUAUGUGGAGUCAUAUGCAGCCUCAUCUCUUCCAUAAUGAGUCUUCAUUGGUGGAACAAAUGAUUCUAAACAAGAAAUUUGCUCUGGAACAUGGCAUUCCCACUGACAUGGGAUACGCAGUGGCACCCCAUCACUCAGGCGUUUAUCCGGUACACAUGCCACUCUAUGAUGCAUGGAAGAAAAUUUGGGGCAUCAAAGUUACAAGUACAGAAGAAUAUCCUCAUCUCAAACCAGCCCGAUACAGGCAGGGAUUCAUACAUAGAAACAUUAUGGUUCUUCCCAGGCAAACCUGUGGUCUAUUCACUCACACUAUUUUCUAUAAGGAAUAUCCUGGAGGACCAAAUGAACUUGACAGAAGUAUACAAGGAGGGGAACUUUUUUUUACCCUGGUUCUUAACCCUAUCAGCAUUUUCAUGACCCACUUGUCUAACUAUGGGAAUGACCGACUUGGUUUAUAUACUUUUGUUAACUUGGCUCAAUUUGUACAAACCUGGACCAACCUAAAGCUGCAAACUCUUCCACCUGUGCAGCUGGCACACAAAUAUUUUCAACUCUUUCCAGAGCAAAAGGAUCCUGUCUGGCAGAAUCCAUGCGAUGAUAAGCGACAUCGAGAUAUUUGGUCCAAAGAAAAAACGUGUGAUCGUUUACCAAAAUUCCUAGUUGUGGGACCACAGAAAACAGGUACUACAGCUUUAUAUCUGUUCCUGGUUAUGCAUCCUUUCAUCUUGAGCAACUCACCUAGCCUCAAAACAUUUGAAGAAAUGCAAUUUUUUAAUGGAAAUAACUACCACAGAGGGGUGGAUUGGUACAUGGAUUACUUUCCAGUUCCAUCUAACGUAACUACAGAUUUCCUGUUUGAGAAAAGUGCCAACUAUUUCCAUUCAGAGGAGACUCCAAAACGAGUAGCUGCUCUUAUACCAAAGGCUAAGAUUAUAACUAUUCUUAUUGACCCCUCAGAUCGGGCAUACUCCUGGUACCAGCACCAGAGGGCUCACCAGGACACUACUGCUCUGAAAUUUAGCUUCUAUGAGGUAAUAACAGCUGGCUCCCAGGCACCAUCUGAUUUACGGUCUUUGCAGAAGAAAUGUCUUGUGCCUGGGUGGUAUGCUUCACAUAUACAGCGAUGGCUGGAGCAUUUCCCACCGCCACAGUUACUUAUUGUUGAUGGACAACAGCUACGAACAGAUCCAGCCAUUGUCAUGGAUGAUGUACAGAAAUUUUUGGGAGUUUCACCUCAUUACAACUACUCAGAAGCACUUACUUUUGAUUCACAUAAAGGGUUUUGGUGCCAACUGCUAGAAGAAGGAAAAACAAAAUGUCUUGGAAAGAGCAAAGGUAGAAAAUACCCACCAAUGGAUUCUGAGUGCAGAGCUUUUUUGUCUAGUUACUAUCGAGAUCACAAUGUGGAAUUAUCAAAACUUUUGCACAGACUUGGCCAGCCUCUCCCCUCAUGGCUUAGACAAGAACUCCAGAAAGUCAGAUAGCACUGAAAGCAAACUCAUUAUCUUCUAUAAACAUCACUCCUUUUUCCGAAGAGAGAAGACUGUCGCUGCAGAAUAGACAUA